AUGUCUGAACGAUUUGCACCAAAGGUCCCAGUCCAACUGGACCCACCAAAGGAUGACCCCAUUUCCACAGAGGAAUUGGCCAAAUGCGACGGUUCCGACCCCAACCGCCCCACGCUAGUUGCCAUCAAAGGCACUGUUUUCGACGUCACUCGUAACGCUGCCUAUGGUGCGGCGGGCCAAUAUCGUGUUUUCGUUGGAAAGGAUGCCUCGCGCGCUCUUGCUAAGUCCUCGCUGAAGCCCGAGGAUUGUGUGCCGGAGUGGUAUGAUUUGGAUGAGAAGGAGAAGACAACGCUGGAUGAGUGGUACACUUUCUUCAGCAAGCGGUAUAACAUUGUUGGUAAGGUUGAGGGUGCAAAGAACCUUUAG